GUUUUUUUAGAUUUAAAGAAAGCAUUCGAUACAGUUGAUCACAGCCUUUUACUUAGCAAACUAUGUACAUAUGGGGUCAGAGGGGUGGCAUUAAUGAGAUAUGUGCUAUUUCAAAGUCUUUGAAAAUAAUAUUAUUUGCGGAUGAUACAAACUUACUGUGCUGUGGAAGUAACUUGGAACAACUUCUGAAUGAGCUAGAAAAUGAAUUAAAUAAUCUGAAGACCUGGUUUGACCAGAAUAAAUUAACAUUGAACCUGAGCAAAACAAAAUUCAUAAUAUUUGGGAAUCACACAUAUUCUACUAACAGUAAACUGACAAUAAAUAACACUGAAUUAGACAGAGUAUCUGAAAUAAAAUUCCUUGGUGUGAUAAUACAUCACAAACUAUCCUGGAUUCCCCCCAUUACUCAUAUCAAAGGCAAAAUAUCGAAGUCUCUGGCAAUUCUCUAUAAGGUUAAGGAUCUCAUAAAUCAAACAUCAUUAUAUACUCUCUAUUGUUCUAUUAUACUGCCGUACAUGACAUACUGUGUGGAAGUGUGGGGAAACACAUAUAAGACACACACCCAUCCAAUAUACAUUCUGCAAAAAAGAGCAAUAAGGAUAAUAAAUAAAGCUACUUCAAGAGAACCAUCAAAUCCACUUUUUAUCAAAUUAAAUAUUCUCAAAUUUAAAGAUUUGGUUGACCUCAGAACUGCGCAAACAAUGUACAAAGCAGCAAAUAAAUCUUUGCCCCACAACAUUCAGAACUUGUUCCAAAUAAGACCAAAUACUCAUGACCUGAGAGGAAUCCUUAUGUUCAGCAAGCCAGUAGUAAGGACAAAUGUAAAAUAUCAGAGCAUUACAGUCAGAGGAGUUAGUGUGUGGAACACCUGUACAGAUGAAAUCAAGACAAGUACAUCAAUACAAAAAUUCACACGAUUGUUCAAAAAUAAUAAAUUGCAUGAAUAUAGGAAAUCUUCCUCUCAGUGACUGAGUUGUCUCAUUGUGUCCUCA